CUUUAACGUUAGACGCGUGUGUGUGAGCGCACCCAGUGCGGUCAUUUAAUAAAUUCUAAAUAUGUGUGUGGAACACAGACAGUGAGACAGUGACAGAACAUUUUACUUUUAAAACAAUAAAACAUGAGUGAUGCAUUAUUAGAUGAUACUAAUCAAUUCUUGGUCUCACACAUACAAUCCACUAACGAUUUGGAAAUUGCUAAACUAAAGAGCUUAUUAGAAGCCCAAAAGGCUGAACAGAAAGAACUGGAUGCCAAAUUGAAUAAAAUAGCCCAUGCCUCAAAAGAGGCGCUGAUCAAGUCUGAAGAAAACUUAAACUCUCAGCAAAAGGCUCUUCAGCAGUUACUUGGUAACCUUGAAGAAAUAAAACAACAUGUCGAGAAAUACGAAGCAGAUCAUUCAACACCAACUACAUCUCAACAUGAACUUUUAAUACACUUGAAGCAGCUUGAAGAGAAGCUUAGACGAGUAGAUAACGCGAGAAAUUAUAUCAAGGCUUUACUUGUUGCAUGCGAGCUAAGUUCUCAAGCACUUGACUAUGUUGAAACAGAUCCAGGGAAAGCUAUAAAACCCUAUGAACAACUUGUUAAAUUUGAAAGAUAUAUUUCAAGCCAGCCAAUGGCUGACGGACAAUACAGUGAACUUUGUGAUUAUCUCAAAAAGAGACAGACGCAACUUUGGGAGGAAUUGAAUGCGGUAUUGAUAAAGAGUUUCAAGAGUGCACUUGGUGCAUUGUCUUGGCCGACGCCUAUUAAGCCUCCUUAUGGUCCACAAAUCAAAGAGAAACUAGAAAAAUUCGAAUCAGCUUUUCGUCACCUGAUCAUAUUACAGCAAUCUUCUGCAAAAGGUCAACAAGUCAGUGAGCUGAGUCCGGUGUCAAUUAUGCUAGAGGAUCUAUCGUUACGAUUCAAGUAUCACUUUGAAACAUCCAAACCAACAAAUCGAUUAGACAAGCCUGAGUGGUAUUUGACGCACGUCAGAAACACAGUUACCACACAUAUCCCAUUCCUAAUGACUACAGUACAGCCUAUACUUGACAGCAUGAAGGACUUUUUCCCAGAAAGAGUAUUUGUAAAAGAUCUAUUCAUUCACGGUCUACUGCAAGAUGUAUUUAGAAAGCUACAUAAAUCAAUACCACAAGCGAUUCAGCAACCCAACAUCCUUAGUCAUACUAUCCAUCAAAUCUUGGAGUUUGACAAGAGCCUUAGUGAAGAAUUCGCAUAUGACGAUAUAACUGUAUCUAGCUUUGUACUUGGUAACCCUAUUUGGUUCAAUACAUGGUUUCAAGCCGAGAAGACAUUUUCGCAAGCUAGGUAUGAUGAAAUCAUGAUGGAUGGCCAAGUAUUUGAAAUCAAUUCGCAGGAUACGAACAAUAACGCUGUGAAAAAGACAAAAUCAGCCAUUCGUUUGAUGAAUCUUUUGGAAAGCAUCACAGCCACCUACAGCUUAGUGCCCCAUCUGACUCACAAGCUCAAGUUUUUUAUAGAGAUACAGCUUGAUUUGUUAAGUCAAUACCAUAAGCGGCUUUCAAGUGCUGUAGAUUCAUUUGAAGCUCUCAGUCUGAUACGCUCGGUUCCUGCACCUGGUGCAUUACCAGAUGCCGUGACAGGGGUGAUGACAGCCAAUGAGACACAUGGGACAUUGGCCGCCCUACAUCGUCUUUACAGGUGGUGGACAAGUGCAAAAGCAAUGAGCGAGAUGCUUAGGGACUGGGAUGAUGAUGAGUUUUUUAUUGAUUUGAACUUUGAAAUUAAGCAAGAUACCGAAUGCAUGAGGCGUAUGUUAAAAGAACUUCAAGACAGAAACACAAUGCUCUCUUAUGCACGUUUAAUGGAAAGCGGCUCAAGUGAUAGCUUAUUUGCUGAUGCCCUCGCUGCUUAUAACCAAAUAGCCGAGCGUAUAGAAAAAGUCUUUGUAAAGAUUGCAGUAAAGGAAUGGACAAACAAUGCAAGAGCGUAUUCUAAAAAGGAUUGGUGGCAUUUAUCCACAGAUAAUGGAGCAACGACUACAGAGAUGUCAGACGAAAUCUAUGCACCCUUACAAGACUUUAGGAUGACGUUCACUUUUUUACACAAGAUCCUACCUGAACCCGAUUUUCUUAUAGUUUACCGCAAGACGCUAAAGGAGAUUGAAGACUGGUACCUAAGAAAUAUUAUUACUCGCCAGCUUCCCAUGACGAGUGUUGACCAGUUAGAAACCGACUUGAAGCUUGGUUUAUGGAAAAUAGGACAAAAAUGGGUUCAAAAACCAGAAAAUUUGAUGAAAAAACUCAAAGAAUCCAUUAUACAACUUAAAAAUCAAUAGUUGCUUAUCCUUAAACUCACUAUAAGGGUCUCUUAAUUAUUCAUUAUUUUAUUCAGCUGACCUCUCUAUUCUUAUCAAUGUUCAUUCUACAAAAGGAUAUAAAACGGAUAAAUUGUGUG